CUCGACUGUGGGAGGCGCCGCACAUCGACUCCUGGGUUGGAUGGCUUCGAAAAGAGUUCAGAAUCAAGUCAGCGAUCGAUACGAAAUCUCUGCCGGAUACAGGCUGCGAUCUCUGCGCCAUGAGUCGCCGGGCCCUGCAGCGCGCUGUGGGGAAGCGGGUGGGCCGGUUGAUGGCGCAGCACUUGGACAUCUGCCUCGAGAGAUUCGGCGCUCACCUGCCCACGCAAGACAGGGAUGGGAACACCACGCUGGAGGAGGAGGAGAGCGACGAGGAAGACGACGACGACGAUGAUGUCGAUCCAUACGAGCUCCUCGGCCCCCGCUCGUCCCGCCUCGCCGCCCAGGGCUCGGGGCAGAUCCAGCUGUGGCAGUUCCUCCUGGAGCUGCUGUCGGACCCCGCCAACGCCGCCGUCAUCACCUGGGAGGGCACCGCCGGCGAGUUCAAGAUCCUGGACCCUGACGAGGUGGCGCGGCGCUGGGGCGAGAGGAAGUCCAAACCCAACAUGAACUACGACAAGCUCUCGCGCGCCCUCAGGUACUACUACGACAAGAACAUCAUGACGAAGGUGCACGGCAAGCGCUACGCCUACAAGUUCGACUUCCGCGGCCUGGACCAGGUUCGGCAGCAGCAGAGCGCCGAGGCGCAGCGCUACCCGCCCGACCUCAGCUUCCUCACGGGCUACUCGCACCUGCUGGGGGGGACGUCGCCCCUGGCCGGCGGCCCCCUGGCGUCGCCCUCCGCCCCGCCGCCGCCGCCGCUGCUCUCGCCGCCCCCGUACUGGGCGGCGGUGUCCUCGGCGGCGGCGCUGGCCACCUCCUCCCCCCUGGCCACCUCCUCUCCGCUGGCCAGCUCGCCGCCCCUGGGCCUGCACGCGGCGCCCCUGCCCUCGCCGCUCGGGUCGCCGCCCGCGGAGGUCCCCGUCACCACCACGACCGCCCGGACCUUGCCCCACUACCCGUACUCGUCGUGAGCUCCGCGCGGGGAGUGGGGAGGCCCAGGACGCUUCCCCGGGUUCCAGAAGGGCAGAGUCGAGGUGCAGAAGCGACGGUCUCGUUCACAUACACCUACGCGCCUGCUGGAGGACCGAGAGAGGCUCCUCCAAGGCACUGCUCGUACGUCGUGUAUAGUAAUACAUUCCUGCUUUUCAGUGGAUGUGAACGAAGCAGCAGCCCAGCUCACUUCAGGCAGUCUCUACCAACCUGCUUUUUGUCGCAUGAAUUAGUUCAGAACUGCGCAUCUUAAACUACCCUUUAAUCCUUAGAAUGUUUACUAGUUAAGGUCUUCAAGAGUGGGGAAAGGAAUCGACGUUAAGGAAACCAUCGUUUGGUAAAUCACACACGUGUUCCUACUUCCCUUGUUCCUCGAUUUAGAGUAAAAUGGAGAUGGAGAUUUAGGUUAAAAGAGAGUAAUGUGUGGCUUAGCUGAGGAAAACCACCAGCCAGAAACCACAGGAAAUAGGUCCUUCUUCGAUACAUUAUUUGAAAAACAAAAACAAAAGCGGAUUAUUCUUUUUGUUUAAGAAUAGGAAAAUUGGAGGAAGGUGUAUGAAAGGGCAAAUAAAAUUAGGGAAAUAAAGAUGAAAAUACUCAUUUUUUAAAAAAUAGGAGAAUCGAAGGAAAUGAAAAGAAAAGUAAAAGAAAAUGAAAGAAUCAAGAAUAAAAAUACUUUUUUUUCUAAAUAAGAGAAUUGGAGAAAGGAAAUGGAAAAGGAAAAGAUAAAAAAGAGAGAGAGAAAAGAUGAUAAAAUAUAUAUAAUAAACUUCCUCGGGUCACAAGUCAGCGUGUAUAAAUUAGCUAUAGCUAUACAGUUAAUCAAAAUAUUUUUUUUCGCUAUCUGUAGUUCCCAUUACAAUUCAAAAAUGAUUCAAACAAAAAAAAAACUAAUAAAAUGAUAUCCAUAGAGAGUAGGUAUGACCUAUUUUUAUCAUUAUUAUCAAACUUAUAUUCACUGUGCCAAAAUCUCUCCCUAAGUAUGCAUAAAAAGCAGAAUACAAUUUCCAUAAUUCGACAGUUCAAUUUGAAACAUGUGAUUCUAUAAAAGACAUUUUGUUUUCCUAUUCGAAAAGAAUAUAUGAAAGCCAAUUUUUUUUUCAUAUUCGGGAAAAAAAAUAUAACCAUUCCAAAAAAUUUACAAGUUGACUUUGUCUUUUUGCAUGUAUGAAGGUCAACAUCUUAGAAAUAUUUUGAGCCUCGUGUUUACAUUGGUUUCCAUGGCAACGUCUAGGGAGGAAGAGAGAGGGAUGGACAACGUUAUUUCAUUAAGAAUAUUUAUUCAUUUCUUUCCAUCGUUGAAUUUCAUUUCUGUUUCAUUGCUUUUCAUUAU